AUGAUGCAAUUAAGGACCGGUAAGACUGGCCUUGCCGCCUACCUUGCCAAGAUCAACGCCCGCGAAACUUCCCAAUGUGCCUGCGGUCUUGGUCGGGAGACGAUCGAGCAUGUUCUGAUGGAGUGCGACCGGUGGGAGGAUGAACGGCAUGACCUUCGGUUCGAUCUCUUCGAAAAGGACGUCUCGAUGUCGCUUGGGUGCGACGAAUUGUUGACCCAUCGCGACGCCGCUGAGCCAGUGGCCCGGUUCAUGGUGAGAACCGGCCUGCUAGGGCAGUUCCGCGAGGUGGACGAUGCCGUGAUGGGGAGGGAGAUGACCAGCGUUUCGGGCGGGCGGAAGAGAGAGAGGGGGGGAGCGAAGGAGGCUGAUCUCGUUCAUGUCGUCACGACGUCGUCGAGGUUCAUCUUUGCGAGCUGA